CGCAAACUCUUGCCGCUGAAUGAAUGACGCGCAUACAUAUGGCACCAACAAUUUAUAAACGAUACAAGUGUGGAUAAAGCUGUGAAUAUAUCAGCUGUAUGCUGUUCAAAGGAAAAAAUGACGAAAAUGAAAUUCAAACUCUUUCGCUCGACAUUCUUGCUAUCAUUUGGAAUGCUCAUUUGCCUAACAACCGGAGAACUUGAAUUUUAUCAAGAUGCUGUACCAAAGUUGCCACAAAAUAUCAAAGACAUCACGUUAGAGGAUAUAGCGAGAUACUUUGAUACUCCUAAUCAUCAACGUAGAAUUCAUUUGCCUUCACAUUUGAAUCAAAGAUCUCAACGAGAUCAUCAAUUGGAUUAUUUGCUUCAUAAGCGAAGAAAUUUUGAAACUCGAGAAGUACCAAAUUUGAUUGAUUUAUUGCAGAAGCAAAAUUUAAAUCCCUUAGACUACAUUCAGCAAAUUCAUCGCAAUGAUUUAUCGCCCGUCAGAUAUAUUCCGAGCCUAGAUCGUUAUCCCGAGUACGAUCCUUUCAAGAAAUCAAUAUUUGAAAAAGAAAUGGAAGAACGAUUAAUUGAUUAUCAAGGGAAAUUGGCAAAAAUGCACGAGGGACAAGAAUCAGAUGAAAUAAGAGAGCAAUAUGAAAAUAUGCCUGAAUUCACCUAUGCCUUUGGCGAACCAAAUUUGAGUGAUGAUCAUCCAUUUGCAGUUGGACCAAAUGAUCCUCGCUACUAUCAAGAAACGCCUUUCUCGCUUUUCACUGAUGAUGACGAAGAUAAUAAAAGUGAACACCAAAAUUUUCAAAUAAUUCAAGAACCAAAGAAAGUGAUAGUAAAAGUGAAGGAAAAACAAAUUCCCCAUGAUGACGACAAUGAAAAUAAUGAUAAUAUUAAUUUAAUUGAUUUACCAGAACCGCAUAGAAGAGCCGAUAAUAAUCCUUUGAUUUUAUCUGUUGAAAAAGCAAAUAAUGAUGAUAUUUAUUUUAUUGCUGUUGUUGCUGGUUGCAGUGCAGCUGCAAUGUUUGCUGUGGUUUUAAUCAGUUUAACAUGGUGCAGACUUCAACGAGUUGCAAAAGCAGCAGCUGAUAUUGAAUAUCCAGCUUAUGGUGUAACAGGUCCAAAUAAGGAUGUAUCACCAUCGGGUGAUCAAAGAUUAGCGCAGUCUGCCCAAAUGUAUCAUUUUCAGCAUCAGAAGCAACAGAUAAUUGCAAUGGAAAAUCGAGCAUCGGCAAAUCGAGAUCCAGGUUCUGUUUCCGAGGCAGAGAGUGAUGAAGAAAAUGAAGAAGGAGAUUAUACAGUUUACGAAUGUCCCGGUCUGGCACCAACUGGCGAGAUGGAAGUGAAAAAUCCACUCUUUCACGACGAUCCAACACCGGCAACGCCUGCGACGCCAGCCCAAGCAAAAAAAGAAGAGGACCAGUAACUUCCAUGUAUGUUUUUAGAUCAUGAUCUAAAUCCCAUCCUGGUGUUUAGCUCACUUUUACUUGUCAUAUCGAAGAUCUUUAUCCUUAUACUGAAUAUUUACAAUUUUACCAUUUAUAUGAAAUACAACGUAUAUUAUCGUAAACAUAAAAAUUACAAAGAUGACAACGAUAUUUUUCAAUGAAAAUAUCGUUGUUCUAUUUUGUCAGACUGAUGACGAAAAAAAAAAAAAUUCACAAUUUUUUAUCAUCAAUAUACAAUUACACCUACACAAUUUUUGCCGUUUAAAAAAAAAAAAAUAACACUAAAAAAACUGAAUUUUAAUUCUUUAUACAUAACGCAGUUUGUAUUGCAUAUGAAAGUAAAAGAUUGUAGAAUAUUAAGUUUUAAAUUUGUUAAAUCAAAAAAGAAAAAUAAUCAAGAAAAAAAGAAAAAAAAAAAAAGCUGUGUGAAAUUGAUUUGUAAAUGUCAGUUGAUUGAUGUGUUAACGUACGAUAAUAUUGAUUUCAAGCAAAUCCUGCCUCGAAAUUGUACCUCAAAAACACGCAAAUUUUACUAAGAGGCCUAUCACAGAACUUAGAGAAAAAAAAAAUUAACACACCUAUAGAUGAGCUUUAGCAAAAAAAAAAAAAAAAAAAAAGUUGACACCCAAUGUCCAUUUAUGACGUCAACAUUAUUUCAAAUGUACAAUUUUUUCUCUCUAUAAUCUUCAUAAAAAUUUUACGUUAUUAUAAUUCAAAAUACAUAUUUUAAGACACACACACACAUUCCAAAGAGGGUUGAGAUAAUAGUCCGUAAAAGUGCCAAAGAGUCGAUGAAUUGACUGUUCAACGAUUAGUCGUUUCCUCCGCUUAUCUCAGUUUUAUUUUUAUUAUUUCAUUCUCAUAAUAGAGGAGGUAUUAAUUUAUAUUUACUUUCUCAUAAUGUAUUAUAAAAAAAAAAAAGUAUAUUAAUAAUUAAUUUACAAGAAAUUAAUUAGAAAAUGCAAAAACCAAAAAAAAAUUAGAAUCUGUAAAUAACUUUGGUAUUUGAAUUUUCUGAUUUUGAAAACAUUUUUUUUUUUUAUGUAAAUGAAAAAAAAAAUGUAUCUCAAGUUUAAAAAAUAAUUUUAUGACAUAGAAUUUUAUUUUGCGAUGUUCUCUUAGCUUUUAAGUGUUACGCUUAUUAUUCACAGACUUUUUUAAAAGUGUUUCGAAUAUUUUUAUCGUUCAAAAUAAUAAUUUUACGAUAUAAAUUUCGAAAGUUUAUUUUUUAUUAAAUCUAUUUUCUAUUUGCUAGUCUAAUUAAAAAAUAAGAAAAAGAGUUGCCUAGAUCGAGGGCGCUGGUCGUUAGCUCGGUCAAGCCAGUGCGAAAGAUAAUUAAAGGAUUGUAAAAAAAAAAAAGAUUCCUUUUAACAAAAACCUAACUCAAGUCAAUGCAAAAAAAAAAUCUAAAUAUUCUCGGUUUUUUUGAUUUUCACUAUAUAUUUAUAAAUGCGUGUAAAACAAAUUACAAUCUUCAAAGAGAUUGAUGUAAUUUUUACAUUCUCAUUAUCAGAGAAAAUUUAUUUCUAACAAAAGCAAUUUAUCUUGUUAUUAAUCAGAAAAAAAAUUUUGAUUCAUCAAGGAAAGUUUAUUUUAAAAAUUUUAUUCUUAAAAAUUGUAUUUUUUAUUAUUAUUCUAUUUUUUAAAAAUGGAAAAUGAACAAAAAAUUAAUCUACAAAAAGAAAAUUGUAAUUUUUAGGAGAGAGAUUUACAUAGGUUUGAUUUUUCCUUUAUGACACGGCUUAAAUUAACACAACAGAUUUUUUAAGAUAUUUAAAAAAAAAUAAUAUUCCUGUCUUUAAAAAAAAAAGGAAUGAGAAAGUCAGAAUAGUUUUACAGUGCACUUUGCGGACCAUGAAUUGUAUACACGAAACGUAACAUUAAGUUAGUAUUGCUAAAAAAAAUGUGUUAAGCAAAAUAAUAAUUGUGAAAUCAAUUUCUGACUUAUGGAGAAAACAAGAAAAAAAAAGAGCAUUGAAUCUUCCGUGGCUGGCUGAAUUACUUUUUUAAGUGAAAAAUAAUCUAUGCGUCUUUACAUACUUCGAUAGAAGAUAUUUUAUGAAUGAAAAAAAAGUCUAUAUAGAAAGAUAUAUAUAUAAAUAAAUAUAUAUAUAUAUAUAUUAUAUGUAUUGUCCUAAAAUAAAAAGAGUAGAAUUAUUGCAAAUAAAAUACAAUAAAAGUUU